AUGUCGACAAACGAGCUAUCCAUUUCUUUUGUACCUGCGAGCCAGGUACUGACUGCUGCCAUAGUCCUGCCGUGCGUGGGUGCCGCGAGCGUUUUCACGCGGAUUUAUCUUCGAUGGUGGCAUGAGAGAUCAGUCAAGACAGAUGAUUGGUUGAUUGUGGCGGCAUUAGUGUUUGUACUAGGAAUGGGCAUUGCUCAAAUAUAUGGUACGGGUCCACCUCUUCCCUUUGAUUGGUACAUCAUCUUGCUCAAACAUUCUGAUGCAUUUGUGAACUUAGGUAAUUCCGCAAUGGCGGAGUUGACCGAGCUUUCAGAUGCUCAAAGGACAGUGGAACUGGUGGACUGGAUCACCUGGGUGUUAAUGACCCCAGCUAACGGGCUGAUCAAACUCAGCUCAGUCUAUCUCUACCGACGCAUCUUCGUGACUGGCCAAGAGAAAUUGUUUGAUAUUUUGAGCUGGACAUUGAUUGUCGUUUGCGCCCUCUGGACGGUAGCCUUCUUCUUCGCGACCAUCUUUGGCUGCGGGCGACAUUUCGACUAUCCGUGGGGGCCGUUGGUGGCGAUUAGUAGCUGCAAUACCAACAUCCGCUUGGAAGGAUUAAUGAUCUCUGAUUUGAUCACAGAUCUUCUUGUCUGGAUACUCCCAGUGCCAAUGAUUUGGAGAACGCAGAUGAAGGUUGGACGCAAGGUCGCAGCAACAGGGGUCCUGUUGCUCGCUACCAUAUCACUUGCAGCAGCCAUCGUUAGACUGAUGGUCCAAGAACAAAUUACCAAUGGUGGAGACUUUGACAAUACUGUUGUAUUGGAGUAUGCUAGAAUCAGGGCUUGCAUUAAUCGCGUCUUGUUUGCCAACCAUGCGACUCCACACGGCCUUGACCUCAGUGGUUUCUGUUAUUUCACUUCGAUCGUGGUAUCCGUCUCAGAAAACGGCCUCAUCGUUACCUUAUUGGCAUGGGGGAGGCCCUCCUGGGAGCUACCAGCGCAAGCAGAUGCAUUCGGACUCUCUGGACUCCUCAUUAUAUCAGAAGAAGAGUCGAUCUUCUCAGUCACUUCCCCUGAUUCAACUUGA